AUGAACAGACUGGGACAUUCACAACCAAUCAAUAAAGAUUUCGUCAAUUACUUCUGGGGUCCAGGAGAUUCUGGAUUCAAAGUUAUUCAAACGAGGAUUAAAGAUUCAUUAAUGACAUUAACAGAAUUGAUUAAUUUCUAUCAAGAAAAGGUAGCAAUUGAGAAAGAAUAUAUCAAGAAGCUAGAACGGUUAAAUAAUAAAUUCCCAAUAGGAUCUCAUGAAACUGGUACAUUAAGAAAAUCAUUAGAUAAAUUAAUAAUUGAAAAUCAUCAAAUGGUUAAUUUUAAUCAAAAAUUUAUGAAAUCAAUAGCAAAUAAUAAUCUCGAGAAAUUACAAGAUUUUAAUAAUAUUUAUCGUGAAAAAGCACUUAAAUUAGAUCAUCAUAUGAGUAAAGUAAUAAUAAGAAGAAAUAAUGCUUGGAAAGAUUUAGAACAACAACGUAAUAAAUAUAAAACAGAAUGUGUUCAAUUAAAAGCUUUAAGAUUAUCAAUUCAAACUACUUGGGGUAAAGAAUUAGAAAAGAAUCAACAGAAGUACAACAAAUUAAAUUCAACAAUUACUGCAACAAGAAAGAAUUAUCAAAUUGCUUUGGUUAAUUAUAAAGAAAUUAAUGAAAUUUAUUUACGAGAUUGGAAUAUAUCACUUAAUGAUUUAUAUAAAUUAGAAUUAGAAAGAAUUCAAAUUUGUAAAGUAAAUUGUUUCAAUUAUUGCAAUCAUAUUGCAACAUUAUGUGUUGAUCAUGAUCAAUCAGUUGAUUUAGCAAGAUCAGUAUUUGCUCAAAUUCAACCAGCUAAAGAUUUACAGGAUUUUAGUGAUAUUUAUGGUACUGGAUGCAAAAUAUUUAAAGAUCCUGAAUUUAUUGAAUUUAUGGAUGGACAAGAAGAAAAGUCAUCAGAAUAUACUUUGGCUGACUUAAGAAAUCCCGAUUAUGUUCCAAUACUUUCCAAACAAAAUCUGACAUACUCACUGUCAACAGGUUCAAAUGCAGUAGUCAAUAGUUGUUUGCCUGGAGCAAACUCUAUUGACAAACAAUUACCACCUGUUAUGCAACCUCCCAUGCCUGGUCCUAAAACACCUUCUCCGGUAAGAAAGGCACCAACUAAAGAAUUUGUUGAAGAACCAAUAACCCAAUUCAAAUCUUAUUCAACUUCAAGUGAACCAUAUGAUGUGUUUUCUGAUAAAGAAGUGUUUUCCAAUAGCAAUCGAUCUUCAAAUUAUUCUUAUCCAACUACCUAUUCCAAUUAUUCCACCAAUUCUUCAGAAGAUCGACAUUGGGCAUCACCUAGAAGAAAGGAGAAACAAUUACAACAGGUACAAGAACAAAUAACCAGAAGAUCAACUAAUGAUUUUGGAAAAUCAAUACCCAAUUUAUCAAAAGCUCCUGAAACCCAUAAUAAUAAAGUAUCUAUAGUACAAGAUUUUUCAAUAGAUUUCAUUGCUAAAGCUCUUGAAGAUUUAAAAUCAGGUGGAGAUGGAGAUGUGAAUCAAUUUAGAAGAUCAGUCCGUCGUGCUGCCCAAGAGAAUUAUGGUGCUUCUUCUCCUAGAAGUCGUACGGCACCAACCACCCCUAGAAACACCAGAUCGGAUUUCGUCAAUGAUAGAAAUGAAACUGCAACAAGAUAUGAAUCUAUAAACUUCACCCGUCCUCCUGAAUCAUCAAAACCAAGACCAAAAUCAAUGAUUAUAGAAUCAACAAGUUCGCCUAAUGGGAUAAGUAGAACAUUACUGAAUAAAGAAAAGACAAGAAGAUCUUAUUUAAAUUUAAAUUCUGUAAUGGCAACAAAUUUAACUCCAAUAAAUAAGAAACUUUAUAUUGGGAAAGCAAAAGCAAGAUAUUCAUAUAAACCUCAACAUGAAGGUGAAUUAUUAUUUAAGAAAGGUUGGAAUAUGUAUAUUAUUCAUAAACAAGAAGAUAAUUGGUUUAUAGUAGAAUUGGGUUACAAUUGUCUUGAUUCGGUAGGUAUGAUUGGUUUAGUUCCUGGGAAUUAUUUAAUUGAAGGUGAUGAUAUCUUUUGA